AUGAAGAAGUUGUUGUCCUCUAGAGUAUCCCAAGUCGCAAAACCCAUAGACUGUUUUGGCUCCAGUGUUUUGAGAGAGCGGCACGACUUCAAAGGUUUGCAGCGGUGCCCGGGGUGCAGGAUGUCACUUGUCCAGUUGCCCUUCUUUGAUGGGUCGGCGUUCCUGGUAAAUCGGAGAACCUUUUUGGACGUCGACGUAGAUGUCCAAAGCAGUGAUGUGCAGGCAAGUGGCCGUGCAUGCAGCACACCUCCUUGGACGAGGUACGUCGACAGUUGUGACGUUGAAGAGGAUGCCAAGCCAGUCAGUCGUAUUCUUACCGGCAGUACCACCGUGAGCACGGAGGAUUGCAACCUCGAAUGCGGUUUUGGUCGCCUAACGACCCAGACUUCGCUCAGCGCAUCGGAUAGAUUGCAGAUGGAGGUGCGAGACCCGCCAGCCUCGGCAUCUGACAACAUUGAGGAGUCAGACUUGGAAGACCUCCAGACCGUCAUGAUCAAGAACAUCCCGUGUCGGUGCAGCACAGGUGAAGUGCUUCGUGCUGUUGACUCCUUGGGUUUUGCUGGGAGCUAUGACUUCUUUUACCUGCCUAUGAAUCGGCGACACAAGCAAGGCAAAGGCUACGCUUUCAUCAAUUUUAUUGAAACCGGCACGGCCGCCUGUUUCAAAGAUGCCAUCCGGGGCUACCGCUUCCCAGGUCGCGAGAGCACCAAGCAAGUCGAGAUUGCUGCUGCGCAGUUGCAGGGCCGAGCAGAAAUGGAAGCCUACUUCAGCCGCACGCAAAUUGUUCACAGGAGCUUUCGGCCACUGAUGUGA